AUGGGAACCUUUCUCGUUUCAAGCAGAGUUUCUUCUUUUUCACGCAGCAGUACAAGAAGAAUUCCUGCCACAAACAAUGUAUCGAAGAUCCAGGUGAUCAAAAUCUCCACUCCAAGGCUUCCCAGGAGAAGUUUGGUGGCAAAAUUGGAUUAUCUAAAUAAUUAUUCUUCAGUUACCAACACAGCUCAUCUCCAUUUGAUUAUGGAGAUUGUAGCAGAUAGAGUGGAGAUGCACAAGAAUAUUGGAGUACAGCGUGACGAUUGGAACCACCUUCUACUGACAUCUGUUAAUAUGAUCACUUUCUCUGCUGCAACCAUGGCUGGCCUUGCGGCUGUUAGUUCGAGUGGAGCACCUCUUCUGGCACUGAAGGUGUCCUCUACAAUUCUUUACAUCGCUGCCACUGGUUUUCUUAUGAUCAUGAACAAAAUUCAGCCAUCCCAGCUUGCAGAGGAACAAAGAAAUGCAGCUAGAUUAUUCAAGCAGCUUCAUGGAGAACUCAGAACAAGGCUUUCUUUUGGGGAUCCUACUGAAAGUGAUGUUACUGAAGCAAUGGAGAAACUUUUGGCAUUGGACAGGGCUUACCCACUUCCUUUAUUGGGCUCAAUGCUAGAAAAGUUCCCUCAAACUGUGGAACCAGCAGUGUGGUGGCCUCCACAGAAGCAAAGAUAUCAAAAACAAGAAAGGUUUGGUGGGAAAUUGGAAGGGAAUAAUGGAUGGGAUGCAAAGUUGGAAGAGGAAAUGAAAGAGAUUGUGAUGGUUUUGAAGAAGAAGGACAUAGCAGAAUACUUGAGGUUGAGUAAAAAAGUUUUAAACUUGAAUAAGAUAUUGGCAGUUUCUGGUCCAUUACUCACUGGCCUUGCAGCUUUGGGUUCUGUGAAUGCAUCUUGGCCUGUGAUGCUUGGGGUUAUUGGAGGAGCUUUGGCAGGUGUUGUUAACACAUUAGAGCAUGGUGGGCAAGUAGGGAUGGUGUUUGAGUUGUAUAGAGCAACCACUGGCUUCUUUAAGCUCAUGGAAGAGAGUAUAGAGCUAAAUAUAAACGAACAAGAUCCUAAUAAAAGAGAAAAUGGGGAAUUGUUUGAAAUCAAAGUCGCACUACAGCUAGGUAGGAGUAUCUCAGAACUCAGGGAAUUUGCUGCUGCAUUAGAUGAAGAGAAUGGUUGUGAAGAGUUUGCUAGCAAGCUUUUCUAG